CAACUUCAUCCAUUUCUCGAAAGGAGCCUGGUGCGCUUUUGAUAUAUCUGCGGUGGGGCAGAAGUACAUCCCUUCCAUUGCGCAAAACCGAGACAAUCAUUUCCGAUCCAAGAAGAAAUUAUAGCCGCCGCCAAAAAUGUCCAAUGCGGCUUCGGCCGGCGGAGGAUCAGGAGAGAGUUCAAUAAGCGAAGGAAAUCAUUACCACCAACCAGAUCAAUAUUCAGAUCAAAUAGGUAUGGCCUACACUACAGACGAUAGACGUGCAGCUGAGCAGAUGCACGGCGGUAAUCAAAGAAAUCCUUCAGCUUCUACUUCGCAACAUCUUCAUCCAUCUCACCAAGCGCCUUCUCCUGGGGUUUUGCAAACAGACUUUGCAGCACAAUCCUCUGCUCAAGCAACGUCACAUCCUUCAAUAGCCGCUGGCCCUUCGGCUUAUCCGCAAAAUCGAUUUUAUGGAUUGUCUCGCGAUUUGAGUGGUCCUUCAGCUGAUUCGGCUUUCUUACCUUCACCAUCUAAUGCUUUACGUCCAAUGGUAGCCAAUAUGGAUCUACAACAUGCAUCCGCGAGUACGGGAACGACAGGAGAAAGAGCUGGAUCGAGUAGCCGAAGUGGUAAUUCGAGCAGAACACCAUCGAUAGCCUCAGGAUCACAGUCCAAUCUACCCGCGAUGCCAAGUAUGACCACGCAUGGAAGACCUGCUCCUCCUUCAUCUGCUACUGGACAACCUGAUGGAUCCUCGCAAUUCAGUAUUGAAGUGAUUGCAACUUCUUUCGACAAACGUGGUUAUCCGAUCUUCUCCGGACGUGCAGCACGUAUUCGUGGAAUAAUACGAUUACGAGCAAUCGCUGGUUGUCAUGUAGAGAUCAAAUUGGGCGCAUACAUUUGUCAAGGCUCUCCAGCUGCUGUGUGGGAUGGGGUCGCACUUAUGCCGCCAGAAUCAGGACAUGAUCACAAAUUAUUCACAAUCAGGGAAAACAUCCCAUUGAACGACAGUAUGAUGAGAACGCGAGAAGGAAUUUCGCCAACAACUGCAGGCUCGGAUGACUUUAUCUUUGAGACGCCGUUUGACUUUAAUCUUCCUUUGGGUAUGUCAACUAGAUUCGUAAAUGGAGAAGCAACUGUUGCAGCAGUAGCACUGCCACCUUCAUUUGAAAUUUCAUCCGAAAGCAUUUCUCGAGAAAAGGAGUUGAUACGAAGUACAAACAAUUCGUUGAAAAGCAGUGCUGCAAGUGUUCGAAGCAGAAGUAGUCGUCUUACAAGUUUAGCAGCUACAACAACCUCUGUUGGAAACACGAUUCGAGAUGUGAUGGAAAAAGGAUUUGGGGAGGUGUACAGACUUGGAUGUUUCUAUACGAUGGAAUUCUCAUUAAUCCGUACACCCAGUGCAGACAGCACGCCAAAGAAGAAAUUGUUCGGCAAGAGCAAGACUUCAAAGCCUACAGUGUUAGAUACAAUUACUGUACCUUUUGUCUUCUUGGGGGAACAAUCAAGCGAACAACCACCACCUCUCUCCAUUCCGGCCACUUUGAUUGCCAAUGCGGUGGCAAGACCGGGAUCUUUCUUGGGUGAUGGAUGGCAAUGCGAGCAUGCAUCGGCAAAAUGGCCAGGAAAAGGAGCGAAGAACGUAAAGAGACAACUGGACAUCGAAAUGCAUAUGCCAUUCCCAGCAACGAUGCAUGCGCCUUCACUCUUUCCCGUUCUGAUCAUCUUGCGACCUCAUGAUCCGAAAUUGUUAUCAGCCGUCCCGAUUGAUUUCAUCCCGACUUCGCCAAUACAAGAUGAAGGAACGUGGAGUAAGGGUAGCAGCGGAGGCGGUGGCGCAGGUGGCACUUCUUCUGCCCACAGCAGACAAUCAUCUGUUUCCACGCAGAGAGCACGAAAUAGUUCAGUUCACCAUCAAUCGACGCCUGAAAUUCAAAGUGAAGAAAGAAUGCCUUCCAACGAUCACCAGGAAAAUGAAUCAGGAGGAAUGUUGAGCCGAUUCAUGCGAAGCAGUUUAUCUUUAUCCAGAAAUCCUUCCAAUCCUGCUUUGAGUGGAAUGACGAAUUCGCAAAGUUCGCACUCACUGCGUCAUGUGCAAUCACAGAGUGAAACAUCGCAUUUGGAAGACUUUGAGCCAUCACAUACGUCUGGCAGUACAGCAGGCGGAAAGACUGGCGCUGCACAAUCGAUCCGAGAUGCAAUGUCGAGCAAGUUGGGAAGAAGACGACCAAACACAGCACCAACGAGUCAUUCCAGUAGCGAUGGAAGGUCAAGGGCUAGUGGAUCUACUAUGUUGGGAUCGGGAGGUCAGUAUAUCGGUAACCUUUCCGGCUUGGUUCGUGUUUCGCUUGUUCAAACAACGUUUUGCAUUGGAUCAGGACCUUCUGAACCGCCAAAGAAUAUUCGCAAAUUAGUUUCGAUGGCUGAAGUGGAAGAGCUAGAACCGGAAGCAUUACGAACGAUGGUACGUUCAACAAACACAUCUGCAAAUGGUCAAAAUGGACCUGAAGAACAAGAAGAUGAACAUCAAGCAUUGUUACGAGAAGUUUUAGGCGAACAAUUGGGCAACAAAGGAGUUCGUGUUUUACGUGCUUUGUUCCGUGUUGGAAGUGAUCCGACGCCUUCUUUUCGUUGUCAAGGUAUUGAAUUACGAUAUGCCAUCAAAGUUGAUUUGGUUCCUUUCCAGGUACGUGAUAAAUCUUAUCGAAAUAGACCUGGCAGUGGUGGCACGAUUGGUGUGAGUGCUUCUAGCGCACCCAGUAGUGCAGGAGCACAAAGCGAAGCAGGCGGUUCAGGAAGCGGAAGAGGUGGCCAUCAAGCAUACAACAGCCUAAGUUCUCCUACCCGAGCGACGAAUGCCGUUCCUGCAGGAAUGGUGACCAAUGAGAGCAGUCUUUCUUCACCUAUUUCACGCAAUGCUCCUCAUCUUUCACCAAGAUUGCCAUCCUAUCGAAGUUCAACAGAAGUUCCACGAAGCGAACAAGGUCAAUCGACUGUUCCCGCAUCCGUUACUGGAUCAACACUUGGAGGAAGUCAAGAUGUGUUCAAGAAUAAUCCACCACACUUUAGCAGUGGUGAGACUGUCGUCAGUACAGUUUACGCAGAUCGUGUUAAUUCUCUUGAUAAGAUCGAAAAAGGUGUUGGAGUAUUGUUUUCCACAGUUCGAAUGGUUCGUGCUGCCGUUUAAAAAGCAUUUGAUGAUGCAAGCAAUUGAACAAUUUUUUACAAGCGUAUUUGCGCCUACUCAUCCUUUUUUCUAAUUAAUUUAUUUUCUUUUUCUUCUCAUCUAUAUUCCUAAUCGCACAUCAUUGAUACCAUUAUUCAAUUAUCAAAACCUCAUCAUCACCAUCCAACAUUGCUAUCAUCAUAAUUCAAAUGUUAACCUAAAUGUAUGUACUCCAACAACUUUAAAAUGGCUUCAAAAAGAUGCUUUUUCACAGACGUGAUGAAAUUAAGCACCGCAAAAGAAC